AUGGUGUUGAAGAAGAUGCCCCCGUUCCGGACGAGGAGAGACUGCUUGAAGGGGCACGUGGGUUGCCUCCCCGCCUUGACGAAGUUGCGUCGGGCAAUUUGGCCCAGGAUCCGCGCAGAGAUCGCCUGGCAGGGCGCCCCAUUUUGGCCGCGCGAGAUCGACGGCGAGGAGUUCAUCGGUGAGCUGCACGGUCCCUGCACAGGAGCGCAAAGCGUGUACUACCGGCACGUGUGGAAGGCGGCCGGGCAGACCAUCUUUCGGAACCUCGAGCGCAUGAGCACGCCCAUCCUCCAGGCCGGCCUGCGCUACCCGGAGUUCUGCAAGGACUUUCAGGCAGAUCGCAGCAUGAAGAAGCCGGGCAUCUCCUUCACCUUUGUGCGGGAUCCGCUGUCGCGGUUCUUCUCUGGCUACGCAGAGAUCGAACAUCGGCUGGCCGCUGGCUUUGCAGACUACUUGCACCUCCAGGACGAUCUGCAGCCCUUUGCACGGGGCACGCGGGAGCGCGGGAGAGCCUUCCUCGAAGCCUUCCUAAGGAAUGCCAUCAACCACGAUGGCCAUGUCAAGCCACAGAGUGAGUUCUUAGCCGCGCUUGGCAACUGCGGCGUGGCCACGGACUUUGUGGGGAAGACCGAGUCCUUCCAGCAGGACUGGGCCCGCCUCGUGGCAUCCCUGGGCUGCCCCGCAGCGCCCUUUGAUGGAUCCCUUGGACUGCAUCCCAAUGAUGCCCACGACAAGGAGGCGCUGCAGCGUGGGAUCGGCUUCAAUUUCUUCAAGAUGAACUCCUCGCAGGAUGCGUCGCAGUUGGAUCGGCAGAUGCAUUCGAUGGCGCUCACUGCGGCAUUGGCCGAUGGCGGCUCAAUCUUGCCACAAAGGUAUUAG